AUGGAUGUAGAAUUAAAUUAAUAAGAAUUUUCUUGCAAUUUGUAUAGUUUUAAAUAAAUAUAAGUAAAUUGGUAUCCUAUACAUAGAAUAGUCUUGAAAAAUUUUGAAAAGAAUCCGAACCUUUUUUUUAUUUAUUUCAACAACUCAAUUGAGAAUUUUAAUAGAAAUGAUUAAUGGAGAGAAGACGAAAUAUUUGAGCUAUUCAAAAUGUUCUACAAGUUAUUAAAAUCUAAAAUUUAGGAUUUAAAAGGUCUAUGGGGAAUAAUUAGCUUAAAGUAUAAUAGGAAAAAUGGAUUAAUGUGCUACCAAAAAUAUAAUGAGAUCAGAACAAAUUUGAAUUUGAAUAAAUAGACAGAAUAAUAUAAAUAAAUUUUAAAUGAUUUACUUAGCUCUACAAAAAUGAAAAAUAUAAAUUUAAAUAGUGAAUAAGAAUUCGAAAAAGAAUUCAAUUCUUUCAAAAAAUUCAUAAUUGAAGAAUUAGAUUAGAUUUGUACAAAGAUAUCAAAUGACAAGAUAGAAUAAAUUUGUUAAAUUAUAGGAAUAGAUUACAUUAAUAUUUAACGCAGAGUUAAACCAAAAGUAGAUAAUCUCAUUAAUUUGUUAGAAUAAGGGACCGACUUAAAUAAUGCACCUAUCCUAAAGAAAGAUCCAAAGAAUGACAUUGAAAAAAUAAAAGAAAGUGCUUCUUUAAUAGUUAAAGUAAAUAAUUAAGCAAAGGAACAUGAGUAAAACGACAAAUAAGCUAUAAACAAGAAAAAAAGCAAUAUAAAUAAUGCUGAUUAAUAAAAUAAAUAAAAAAAAUCAGUAAAAAAAGAAUUAUGCAUAUAAGAUAGUGAUGGAGAAAUGGAAACAGAAGAUAUUUAAAAUUUUGAUAAUUAAUAGCCAAACCAAGGCUUUUAGCAAGUAGAUUUAUUUUCAAAGAAUAAAUAUUAAAAAUAAGGGAAAAAAAGAAUAAAAGAACAAGAAUUUGAUAUGUAACCUAUUUUUGACGGAUAUGAUUCAGAACCAGAACUAAGCUUUAAUAAAGCUAAUAAAUAGCAACAGUAAUUUAAGCAAUAAAUUAAUAAACUUAAUAUAACAUGUCCUGUUGCAAAUGAAUUAUAAAAUGAUUUGCAAGUCUAAUAAGAAAAUCUGAUGGAACUACCAGACUUAAGUGAAAUAAAUUUUAGCACUGAGGAUAAUAUUUCUUAAUUUAGUUAUUGGAGUUAGUAGCUGUAAGAAAAAGAUAUAAACGAGAUUGAUGACAAAUAUGAUUUUGAUUUUGAUGGUGAAUCUUAAAACUAAUAAAAUAAAAUGAUAGCAUAACCUAAAUUUACUCAAAUGGAAGAUUAAAUAAAUAAUUCAAAUAUCUUAAAUAAAAUAGAGAAGUUAGGUAAUUCAUAAUACUCUUUUUUUGAUGAAAAUAGUGUUAAUCCUUUUGAAUUUGACAAUAAACUAUCUCUUUCAAAGGAAAAUAUAAUCGAAGGCAACAAUAAAAAAGCAAUAAAUAUAUAAAACGAAGAUGAUAAUUUAGAUGCUUAAAAGAAAUUUAAAAGAGAAAAUGAAAAUGAAAUGCUAAAUGCUUUUAAAUAAACUUAAAAAAAGUAAAAACCUUAACGAAACAAAAUUUUAAAUAGAAAAUAAAAAAAAGCAAAAUUGCAUAAUUUCACAGAGUAGCUACUAUAAUAAAAUGAUGCAAAUUAUUAACUUUAGAAAGAAAAAAGGAAGAAGAUAAAAGUUGAAAAGGCCGUUAAAAUGUUAAAACAAGAAAAAAAACAAAGAAAAGAUCCAAAACAGUAAAAGUUAAAGGUCAACAAAAACAUCAUGAUCUUAGAAAGCAAAAUAUUGAGUAAUACUAGGUAUAUUAAUAAUACUAAAAAUGACCCAAUCAAAUAACGCAUUUUUUUUACAUCAGAUUAAAUUAUUUCAAAAUAUUAAAAUAAGAAAUAAAAGCAAUAAGCAAAAUAGAAAAAUUCAUCAUUAAUUAAAGAUGAAUCAUAACAAUCAGUUAUCAACGAAUAAGAUUCUGCUUAGUUUGAAAACUCUUAAAUAUCUUUUAAUGAAAUAUAAAAACCUAAUAAACAAAAAAUUACGGAAGUUGAUAAUGAAGAUUCUAGUUUAAUUAUGGUUGAUGAAAUUGAAAAUUUAGAGCAAGGCAAGUAUUAAAAUAAAAAAGGCUAAUAGAUAUAAGGCAAGAGAAAUAAAAUUCAAAAAAUGAUAAGAUAGCAGAAGACUUUUUAUACAAAGUACAUGCCUAGAAAAGUAAAGGAAAAUACAUCAUAGAAAUAGAUUGCAAAUAUUCAAAACACAAAUUUAGAUUAAUAACAUGUUACAUAUCAAGCAUUGAAAAUGAUUGAAUAAAAGCUAAUAAUGGCACUUUAGAAUUAACAGUAGUUAAUCUAUUAUAAUGUAAAAGAUAUUGAAGAAAUCAGGAGCAGUAUUGUGAAUGAUCUCCCUAAAACUUGCAAUUUGUCAAAUAGUUUGAUGGAAGAAGCAACAAAUAUUUUAAAAGUUAAAAACUUCACUAUAACUUACAAACUUGAGUCUGAAUAAACAAUAUUUUAUCUGUUGGAAAAAGUUAAAUAAAAUAGAAUAAAGGAGGAUGAAAAUCUAGAUAAAGAAAUUUAAAAAAAAUUAAAAUUAGAAAUUGUUUGCAUUCUCAGAAAUCAAAUAUUCUGGAACAAGCUCUAAACUCAUGAAAAGGAUUAUCUUAUUUAACUGCUCUACCUAUUUGUUAUAGGACUUUAAAAUGAAGAACUUAAAGAGUUGUACUAUCAGUUUGUUUACAAAAAUUAUAUUAUGAAUAGUUAUAAACUUUUAGGCAUUAUAUUUUUUGACAUAAUUAUUUACUUAAUGGAAUAUUAAUAAAUUAAUAUCGAAAAUCCAUCUGAUAGUGAAGGCUAGGAAUGUAUGGAAACAGAAAUAGGAUAUAGAGAAAUGCUUGAUGAAGAUUGUACAGCUCCAAACAACAAUACACCAAAGAAAGUGAGUAAGUAAAAAAAGAUCAAUUUUGCAUCUUAAGAUAUCCAUGAAAUUAAUGAAGAAAUUUUAAGAGAUAUUUCUAAGCAAAUAAUUCUUUUGCAAGAAAUGAGUAGAGCAUUGAAUAAAAAUUAAUUAGAUUUAGAAAGACAGAUAAAUUUAUUUGCAUCUGAUGCAGAAUCAGUUAUAAAUUUUUUUUCUAAUUGUUCGAAUGAUCAGGUUGUCUCUGAAAGAUAUUUUUAACCAUAUACAAAUAAUAUUUGUUCUCUUAAUUCUGAUAAUCUUGACAUUUCAAUGAUUUUUUUGCAUCAUCUUUUCUAUGCUGAGGAUGUGACAGAAAAGGAUUUAUUUAUAAAUACCUUGAAAAAAAUCUUAAUAAAAAGAGAAGGAUAAUUAAAUAUCACAAAAAUUAUUUUUGAGCAAAGUCCUAUUUAAUUCUUCAGUAUUUUUUAAAGCACUUACUCUUAGAUAGAGAAAAGCUUAAUUUUAGUAAAGUUGAUAGAUAUUAAUAAGAGAGUAGAUAGAGUAGUUGAUAUUUUACUUGAUAGCACAUUUGUUUUUAAUAUUGAUAUUUCAAGUGAUUUAAUUACUAAACUCAUGAAUACAGUUGUUGAAUGUAUCAACUAUAAUAUAAAAGACUAGAAAGACUUGUUAAACGAAAUUUAUAUGCAAAUAUUUUAAGAAGUAGUGAAUGAAGAGGAUAAAGUAUAAAGUAUCUAAUCUAAUGGCAAUAAUAAAAUUUUAUAAUAUGAAAAAAACACUUAAAGCAUUUCAUAACAAUAACUUUUUAAACAACUUGCCUUCUUAAUAAAGUACCCUAGUGAACUGCUAGAGAGAAAUUUUAUGGAAGACUAAAAUUUAAGAAUCAGUAAAAAUUAAAUGAGGUUAUUGAGCUCAAUUUAAAACUCUAUCGGAAAUAACUAACUAAAAGAAAUAACUCUUCGAGAUAUACUUAUCAUAAAAGUAUUUAUCAAAAAUUUUGACUUUUCAAAUAAAAUGAUUCUAUCAACUAUUUUGAAAUUAAUUAAAAAAUUGUUUCCAGAUCCUAAAGAGAAUGCUAUUAAAGCUAGGACUCUUAUUCAUUGUUCCUACAUAAAUCUCUUGAAAACGUUUGAUCAGUAAAAUUACAACUCUAAUACAAGUAGUUCAUAUAUUGAAAUUUUCCAAACAACUUAUACUGCUUUAAGUUUUUUAGUUGAAAAAUAUAACAAUACUUCAAGUAAUUAGGCUAUUAUGAAUAACACUUAUUUGACAAAUAAAUAAAAUAAUCAAAAGAAUUUGUAUAUCACUAAGCUGAUUGAAGGUUUUUAAUAUACUGUCUUAUGGGCAUUUGGUUAAAUUAACUCUAUGCUUAUCAGAUCAUCUGAAUUUAUAAAGCUUUUUAUAAAAACCUUUCUUAAUAGUGAUGAUUUAAUAAACUUUUUGAAUCCUAAUUAAAUCAUUCAUCCUGAUUUUAGAUAUCUAUUACUUUAAAUGUUUUAUUUACUCUAUCAAUAUCCUAGUACAAUACUCGAUACAGUGACCAUAAACUAAAAUUCAUAGACUAUCCCUAAUAUUAAAAAGUAAAAUGAAUAGAAUUCCACUAUCAUUAAUUAGACUAACUACAAAAAUUAAACAUUACUUGACUCCUAAAACAAUUCUAAUGAUUUUUGCUAAGCAUCACUCAAUCUCUCUUCAAUAAAAUAAAAUAUAUAAAUAGAAAAUUAAAAUAAAAUACUAGGAGAUAUAGAAAAUUAUAAUUUCAGUAAUUAGCAUAAUUAAUAAUCUUCUGAAAGCUCUGAUGAUGAUGAUGAAUAAUUUGCUUAAGAAUAUAAAAUAAAAGAUGAAAGGAAUAAAAAAUUAAACGAGAUUCACGAUUGUAUUGUUUAAAUUAGCCCAAAGUUAAAAAAAAAUUUAAUUGAAUUCAUCACUCAACUAUUCAAUCAAGAAGCUAUGAAAAAAUAAAAUAAAAUAUUUCACCCAAAUACAAGAACAAUAGAGAUGAGUUUUAAAUUACUUGGCUGUGUCUUAAAUUCAUAAUUUUAGCAAUAACCAUAAAUUUCAUUUGAGUAGAUUUCUAAUUUACUGCUUUAGGAUAAACCUUUAUUUAUGGGUGAUAUUUAUUCUGAAUUAAGUGACUUCAGUUUACUCAUCAAAAGAUAUAACUUAAUUUUUCAAACUUAUAAUUAGUUUUUAUCUUUGUACAAAGAUCAUUAUAAGAUUAUUAAAGAUUGCCUCAAUUAUAAAUCAGACACUUAUUCUCUUGAAGAAACUGAGUUGCAUCCACUUGAAAAAUUUAUUUUGCAGGCAGUUGUAACUUUAUUUAUAAAGUUGCUUAUUUCUUAUGAAGGAAAUGAAGUACAGUUAAUAUAUAAGUAUAUUUAAAAUUUAAGUAUCUUUAUAGAAAGAGUAUUGCAAUUUAAGUGCAAAUAUAACUAAAAAAGAGACUAAUUUACUUAAAAACAAACAGAUAAACUAUUUUAAGUACUUUAAAAAACUAGAGUUUUUACUUAAAUUUUUAAAAUUGAAUAAGAGUAAUUUUAUGAAAGUGAGCUCGACAUAAUUAAAUAGAUAAUAAAGAAUUUAUAAUUACAACUUCAAAGAGAAGAAGAUAGAUAUUUAAAUAAAUUUAUCAUCCCACGUCAAUUACUUACUUAAUUGAAGAGUUGUAUAACUGAUACCAUUUUGAAGGAUGUAAAGCAAUCAGAAUGCUUUAAAUUCUUUAAUAGGACAAUGUACUUUUUAAGAAAGUUAAUAUAAAUAAAUAAUGAGGAAAGUUUAGAGCAAAAAUCAAUCUUAACUUAAAAUUCUUAAUUGUAAAAUAAUGAUGAUUAAAAUUAAAAAUUCUUAAAUGAUUAAAUAAAAAUAGUUUGGAAUUAAUUGUUUCUCAAAAAUGCUUAGCAAGAUUUUAGUUUAGAAAACUUUUAACUAGAAUAAUCUAAAAUGUUAAAUUAUUUAAUCAGAUAAAGUAGACCUGAUUUCAAACCAAUUAUUAAAUUUUGUUUGAAAUCUAAGUACACAGAUUUUAUUUUAAAGUUGACUAUUUAAUUAAAAUCUAUUGAAAUAUUCAUGAUAAUUAAAAAUUCAAAUACAGUAGAAGAAAAAUGCUCCAUUUUAUUAAGAGAUUCAAUAAAAUAAUAACUUGAAUAAUCAUAAUUGUAACCUAAAGAAUAAUAAAAAAAUUAAAUCUUUAGAACGAAACUUCUAAAUGCUUUUAUACAGGAUAUACAAGAAAUUAAAUUUUAAUAUUAUACUAAAGUUGAUAUGAAUAAAAAUGCAAAAAUUAAUACGCUUUACAAAGAAGUGUUGAAUAUUUUAGUGCUGGCUGAAACAUAAAACGAAAAUGGUCAAAUUUUAGAUGAAACUUUAAUACAGAAGAAGAUGAUAAAUACUUUUCUUUAUGUUUUUGUUUAAAUUAAUCAAAUGGAAUAUAUAACAGUUAAAAAUGAAAACUAAACUCAUUUACAAAGAAAAGAAUUAGAAAAUAUGGUUAGAGAUACUCUUAAUAAAACUGUUUACAAACAAUAUUUAUUCUUAUUUUUUUAAAGCCAGAGCUAGGAAGUAAUUAGAGAAAUGGAAAUUUUAAUCAUGAGAAAAAUAUUAAAAGUAUUGAGGAAAUUUUAACAAACAAGCACGAUUGAAUUUGAAAAAAGCUUUUUAGAAGAAAUACAGUUGAACUAUUUAAAAUACUUUUUAAAUACUAUUUUAGACAUAGCACUUAAAUACGACCCAGAUAUUAAGACAAAAAUUUAGAAAUAAUCCCUUUAGAUUUUAUCUAGUGUAAAUAAUAAAUUAAAAUCAACAUCUCCAGUAAAUAUGAAUACAGCAUCAGCUUCUUCUCACUCUACUAUUUUUAGUCUACUAAAAUAAUUUGCAGAGGAUAUCGAUAAUGAUUUAUAAUAAAAUUUUGAAAAUUAAGUAUUUAAAUGUGGUUAAUUUUAUGAAGAGAUAGUUCAUAUAUUAAUAGAAAAGCUAUAAAAAUAACUUAAGUUAGAAAAUAUAAAUCCUUCAGUUAGUGAACUCAAUUAAUUUAUACUAAAAUUGCAAGAAAUAACAUUUUAACAAUAAAAUAAUGAUUAAAUGAUUAUAGAAAAUUCUUGA